CCAGAGACAGUCGUUCGGCUCCUUCCAGAAAAACCUCCACAGAAACUUCUGGAGCCGCGACUUCAGAGAUCAGAGCAGAUUUAAACCACUGGUGACUGUGGAGUGAAGAAGAAGAAGAAGAAGAAGAAGAAGAAGAAGGACAUGACGCUGCUCUGCUACAACAAAGGCUGUGGAGAGAAGUAUGAGGCCGACCAGAACCAGGCCGAUUCCUGCCUCUUCCACCCGGGAGUCCCCAUCUUCCACGAUGCUCUGAAGGGUUGGUCCUGCUGCAGGAAGAGAACCACGGACUUCUCAGAGUUUCUCUCCAUCAAGGGUUGCACCCGUGGGCGUCACAGUGAUGUGAAGCCCCAGGAGCCUCUGCAGCCGGAGGUGACAUCAGACAAAGGGGAAAUCAAACAGGCCAACGGCCGAGAGAUAAUCUACCAGGGACCCAAAUCUGCAGAGGCGCUGCAGAGAGAGAGACCCAGUUCAGAGGAGUCAAAGACCAAAUUGCCGCACAAAGUGUCGGCGUCUCUGGCUCAAGUUCUGGAGAAGCUGAAGAUCAGUGACCGAGCCGAGAAGGAGCAGAAAGAGAGUCAGACCGUGAUGCAGGGAACUCGCUGCAAGAACUCAGGAUGCAAAACAGCCUUUAACGGUCCAGAGACGGAGCUGGAGGUGUGCACCCACCACCCGGGGGGGCCCGUCUUCCACGAGGGGUACAAGUACUGGAGCUGCUGCUGCAUAAGGACGGUCGACUUCAACGCCUUCCUGGACCAGAAGGGCUGCACCACGGGGAAACAUCGCUGGAUCCCAAAGCAGGACAAGAAGAAAGUUGCGUGUCGACAUGAUUGGCACCAAACUGGAAAUAAUGUUGUCGUAACGAUUUACGCCAAGAACGCAAACCCCGAGUUCACCUGCAUCGAGGCGAACGGGACCGUGCUCUCGUGUCAAAUCCAGUUUGAUGGCAACAAGCUUUUCAAGAGAGACUUCCACCUGUGGGGGGUGAUGGACGUCAAGCAGAGCUCCGUCAACAUGGUGCCCACCAAGGUGGAGGUCUUCCUGCGUAAGGCCGACCAGGUGUCCUGGGGCAAACUGGAGGAUCCCAACCACAAACCAGAGCCGGAGCCCGAGGAGAACUCCACCGAGAACCAGCAGCCGGACUGGGACAUCGCCGACGAUGACAUCAGCGACUCGGACGAGGAGUGGGCCUACGACACGCCGGAGAACAAGCAGCUGGAGAAGGAGCGGGAGGAGCAGAAGAAGAGGGCGGAGGAGGUGCAGAGGAAGGAGGUGGAGGAGGAGAUGAAGAGGGCGAUGGAGGAGAGGAGGAAGGCGGAGGAGGAAGAGGAGAGGAGGAAGGAAGAGGCCGAAGGAUACGAGGACAUACCCGAUCUGGAGUGAAUCCAGAUGUGGAUCAGAUCUGAUGUUUAUCUUGAGUCCUGUUGAGUUUCAACGUAAAGUUUCAAAUCAAAUGUAAUUUAAACGUGUGAAAGGGAAGUCGUCUAUAACAUGAAUAUAACCAGAAACCAUGAAAUUCAAAUUCUAUAAGAGAAAUAAAGACUUUUUUUUAUCAGG